CAGUACAAUGUCUCCAGCCCCGUUGCGCCCACUAGAGGAAUAUAACUGCUUGUCUCAUAGUAAACAUUUGGAACCACACGCGUGCGCGCGUUCCGCACUGCAGUCUUUACAUGCUGGGACAAGCCUAGUAUAAGUUAACUGAACACAACCUCAUUGCAAGGACAGUCAUAACAGGAUUUCAAGAGUGCCAUUUUAAGUUCUUUCCUGGAUGGAACCAAUUUGUGCCACGGGAGUCGCUGCUCGUUUGAGGAGUGACUGGGAUCGAAAUAAGGGAUAUGGUCAGAACCAUAUGGCCCUGAAGUUUUUGGGCCAAGAUUUUGAAUACUUGCGUGAGCGCUGCCUUCAGAGUGGAUGUCUGUUUGAGGAUGAAACAUUCCCAGCCCAGCAGUCUUCUUUAGGAUUCAAAGAGCUGGGCCCUGGCUCUGCCAAAACCAAAGGUGUUCGCUGGAUGAGGCCAACGGAGUUCUGCACUGAUCCACACUUUAUCGUAGAUGGGGCCACACGCACCGACAUCUGCCAAGGAGCUCUAGGAGAUUGUUGGCUGCUGGCAGCCAUUGCGUGCCUUACCCUCAAUGAACCCUUGCUGCAUCGGGUGGUGCCUCAUGGCCAGAGCUUCCAUCAGCAAUAUGCUGGAAUCUUUCACUUCCAGUUUUGGCAGUUUGGGGACUGGGUGGAUGUGGUGAUUGACGACCGGCUGCCUGUCAGAGAUGGGAAGCUGCUUUUCGUCCACUCAGCUGAGGGAGCAGAGUUCUGGAGCGCUCUGGUGGAGAAGGCAUAUGCAAAGUUGAACGGCUGCUACGAGGCUCUUUCUGGAGGCUCCACGUCUGAAGGGUUUGAGGACUUCACCGGUGGAGUGACAGAGAUGUAUGAGCUGAAAAAAGCUCCAUCCAACCUCUUCAGCAUCAUCAGAAGAGCUGUGGAGAGAGGCUCCCUGAUGGGCUGCUCGAUAGAUAUCACAAGUUUCUUUGACAUGGAGGCUGUCACCUUUAAAAAGCUGGUUAAAGGUCACGCCUACUCUAUUACUGGAGUGGAGGAGGUGGAGUACAGAAAAAAACGCACAAAGCUGUUGCGCAUCAGAAAUCCUUGGGGAGAAGUGGAGUGGAUGGGGCCCUGGAGUGAUGAGUCAAGGGAAUGGGGUGAAAUCGACCCGUCUGUAAGGUCCCGUCUGCAUAACUGCAGAGAGGAUGGAGAAUUCUGGAUGUCAUUCAGUGACUUCAUGCGAGAGUUCAGCAGACUAGAGAUCUGUAACUUGACAGCGGAUGCACUACAGAGCAGCGAGGUGAAGAAGUGGAACACAUCCCUGUAUCCUGGUGAAUGGAGAAGAGGAAGCACUGCUGGCGGCUGCAGGAAUUAUCCAGCAACAUUUUGGAUCAAUCCCCAGUUUAAAAUAGUCUUAAAGGAACCAGAUACUGAGAGUCAAGAUGACUGCACUUUUCUAGUGGCCCUGAUGCAGAAGAAUCGCAGAAAGUUACGUCGGGAGGGCAAAGACAUGGAGACGAUUGGAUUUGCCAUUUAUGAGGUCCCUAAAGAGUGUCUGGGCCAGGUAGGUGUGCAUCUGAAGCGUGAUUUUUUCCUCAAACACACAUCCAGCGCUCGUUCUGAGCUCUUCAUCAACCUUCGAGAGGUGAGCUCGCGUUUCUGCCUGCCAGCAGGGGAAUAUAUCAUCGUCCCCUCCACCUUUGAGCCCCAGAAAGAAGGAGACUUUGUGCUGAGGGUCUUUUCAGAAAAGGCUGCUGACUCCCAGGAGCUAGAUGAUGAAAUUUCCGCAGAUGUACCGGAGGAGCCUGCGCUCCAGGAGAGUGACAUUGACGAGGGCUUCAAGGCACUUUUCGCAAAGCUGGCAGGGCCGGAAAUGGAGAUCAAUGUGUCCAAACUCCAGAUGAUUCUGAACCGGGUUGUUGGCAAACAUAAAGAUAUAAAGACAGACGGAUUUGGUAAAGAGGCCUGUCGGGCCAUGAUAAAUCUUACGGAUACAACUGGUCUUGGAAAGCUGGGACUGAUAGACUUCCAUGUGCUCUGGGAGAAGGUCAAACGAUAUCUUGCUGUGUUUAGGGAGUUUGACUUGGACAAGUCUGGCACAAUGAGCUCUUAUGAAAUGCGUCUGGCAUUAGAAUCAGCAGGCUUCAAGUUAACCAACAACCUGUUCCAGCUUAUAAUCCUGCGCUAUGCAAAGCCGGACCUCAACGUGGACUUUGACAACUUUGUGGCUUGUCUGAUCCGCCUGGAGACUAUGUUUAAAACUUUUAAAGCAAUGGACACUGAUGAAGAUGGAUUGGUAUCCUUCAGCUUUACCCAGGUUGGUCUUAACUGGUUUUUAGUAAUGAGAACUUCAAAAUGUAAAUGCAUCCCUGUCUCUCUGUGGCUCAGUAAUAUAUGUUUGCAACCUUUCUCUCCCUCUUGUUUUCUUCCUGUCAUCUUAUAGUGGAUCACCCUCACUAUGUUUACUUAGAUGGAUGUUCCUUGUCUUCACUGCUUCCUCAGUCCCUAAUCUUCUUUACUACAUGUCUCCUGUAACCUCAGUUGUAUUUAUGAAGUGGGUGCCUGACCAGCAGUAGAGCACUCAUACAAUGAGCUAUAUGGCACGAUGCACGAUUUUCAUUCAACAUGACAGGAAAGGAAAGCGAAUAUUGAGAUGCAACAGCCAAUAGAAUAUACUCAGAAAAAGCAGUGAACCUGAUUUUUGUUUACUCUACAUUUCAAAAGUUUGAGGUCAGAAAGAUUUUUGUAUUCAGUGAGGAUGCAUUAAAAUGAUCAAAAUGGACAGUAAACAAAUGUAUAAUGUUACAAAAGAAUUUUUCAACAUUUAUUAUAAUAAAUGUUUCUUGAGCACCAAAUCAGCAUAUUAGAAUGAUUUCUGAACUAAUGAUGCUGAAAAUUCAGCUUUGCCAUCACAGGAAUUGAUUACAUUUUGAAAUAUAUCAAAAUAGAAAAAAAGUUCAUUUAAAUUGUAAUAAUAUUUCACAAUAUUUCUGUUUUUAUUGUAUUUUUGAUCAAAUAAUUGAAGCCUUGGUGACUUCUUUCAAAAACAACUUACUGACCCCAAACUUUUGAAUGGUAGUGUACAAUAAAGUUUGCAAGAAAUAUUUAGGCAAAACAUAAAAAUAUCUGAGCCAAAGAACGUUUGAACUUAUGUAAAAGAAGUUGACUAGUCUAAGUAGAAAGUUUGGAGUAUAACUGUGAAAUAGAGUGCAACAGUCGGGUUUCCGGAAGUAAAAACUCCAUUCGUUUUCAUCAUAGGGAAAUUGAUUUUUAACGAUAACUUAAAUAAACCUUUAAAGACAGCCCUACUGUGAGCUCUGAGGUUGUUAAUCAAUAGCAUUUUAGCAUUAUUUCAACUUAGUUUUAAAAUAAUCUUGUUUAACAGCAGAAUUUGUGAUGAAAAACUACAUUACCCAUGAUGCUGUACAGAAAAUUCCACCAAUCAGAGUUGAAACAAGCAAAUCGCACCACAAGAUCUCAUUAGCUCUGCCCAAUCCCACGAAGCACUGCAAAUGACCUAAUCGAGUUGGCCUCCCUACGCUUUCAAAAUACUUAAAUAUUUGUAUAUUUGUGCAUAUUUUGCAAUACACAACGUUUUUAUUUGAUUAUGCUGUUUGCAAUGCUUCAUGGGAUUGUAGUUCUAUCCAUCAUUAAAGCUGUCAAGUACAGUUUUGUACUUUUGUCCAAUUUUCAAAUAAUUUUUUGCUUCAAAUCAAAGUUUGAAAUGUUUUGAUUCACCUCGUGGCUGGUUGGCUUGGUUCAUGGCUUAUAACUCUUCAAUGAAAACCUUUUUUAAAUCCCUAUUGUCUGAUAUGGCGAGCAGCAACUGGCUUAGUGAAGGGUCAGUCGUCUACAGCUCUGGCUGCGCUUUAUAUAAGAUUCUUACCUGUGAACUUUUACCGUUGCGCCCCUUCAUGUGUGUGCUUUAAACGUAGUAAACAAUUUUUUUCUUACCGCACUGUCUUGAACAGUCUUGCAAGAUUACCCCCAUAAACCAGAAUGCUGAUUAUGUACUGAAUCACUAUAUUACAACAAAAGUGAGUCAAUAAAGUCUCAUAAUUGAGUUAUAAA